AUGGCCACCGCCUCGGUCCUCAUCCUGCUCGCAUCGCUCCUCCCGGCGCUAGCCGCCGGAACCGAUUGCUGCUCGCCCGCCGCUGACUACGGCUUGGCCCUCACGCCCAGUCACGAGUGCGGCGUCGUCAUGCGCGGGGGCACCUACGACAUGGGCACGUACGCUCCGGGCAGCGCGUACGAGGCCUCCCUGCGCCAUCUCGUCACCACCAUUCCCGCCAAGGCGAACGCGGAAUCCAGCGGCUCCUGUUAUUACAGGGACUCCUACCGCGACGACGCCGGCGCGGACGGGCGCUUUUACGUCGACGACGCCGGCGCGUGCGGGCGCUCUUACGUCGACGACGCCGGCGAGAGCCCCAACCGGAUUGUGGCCUCCGCCGACUGCUCAUGGCACCCGGAUGCCAAGUCGCCGGACUGCGGCGCUUGCAUCGCGCUGGCCUUCCAGGAGGCGCAGAGGCUGUGCCCGUUCCAGAGGAUGGCCGAGGCCGCGGUUGACGGCGGCUCGUGCAACUGCAGCGCACACUUCCACGACUACGACAUCAUGGAGCAGUUCCAUCACGGUGACCUCAACAGUGAUCCUCGGUGGGCACCGGACCAGGUCAUGCGCAUUGUUGCAGAAAAUGAGGAGAACAACACGAGAAUGAGAUGGGCAUGCCGUAUCUUGGAGACAACAGUCAUGGAGAUCUUAGCAAACCUUGGGUGGAUAUCUAGUAGGAGAAUUUGUGCCUAG